UGGCUGGAAGGACUGUGAAUUUCACAGUCAUAGCAACGGACAAUGGAACCCCAUCCCUAACGUCAACAGCCAAUGUGACGAUCAGAGUAGUCGAUGACGGAAGUAACACAGGGCCAGUGUUUGACAGAUCCCAAGUCUUCGUCACCGUGGUAGAAAAUCAGCCUGCCAACACAAUCAUAACCAGUUUAACAGCUCGUCAUCCCAAUGGUGGUCAAGGCAUUUCAUUCAGUAUGCUAGAAGACGCCAAUUCAAACUUCGCCCUUCAACAACCCACUAAUACCAAUACUGGAAGUAGCAUUCCCAUAGUAACAGCCGUAACUCUGGACAGAGAAGUUACACCACAGUACCUCUUGCUAGUUGUUGCAAGUGAUGGGCGUUUACAGGCCACUGCUACCGUGACAGUUCAGGUGCAAGACGUCAACGACAACGCCCCAGUAUUCAGCCAGCGACUGUACAGUUCCAAUAUUCCUGCUAGUUAUCAAGUUGGCAGUAUGAUCCUUCAGACCACGGCAACGGAUGUUGACACUGGCAACAAUGGACUAGUGACCUACAGGAAACAAGCGAAUACAGCCCAAGACUCGUCAGGGGCCUUCCAAGUAGAGCGCUCCAGUGGUCGAAUCAUCCAAGUGGCAUCAGUCGCUAACCUGGCUGGAAGGACUGUGAAUUUCACAGUCAUAGCAACGGACGAUGGAACCCCACCCCUAACGUCAACAGCCAAUGUGACGAUCAGAGUAGUUGGUGAUGAUGAAAAUCAGAGUCCAAUGUUUCGAGGAGUUCCCUCAACCAUCAAUAUCCCAGAAAAUACCCAGACAGGGAGCGUUCUGUUUGUCGUCGGGGCCUCGGACUCGGAUGGUCCAAACAGGUUGACCUUGUCUUUACCUGACCGAGAGUCAUUCGAUACCGUCCAAAUUGGGGGUUCGGCCGGCAACGGAACAAUUAUACUGGCCAGGAUAACCCUCAAUACAUUCCUCAACCGAGAACUUGACCAGACUAAGGUGUUCAGGAUCGUUGCCUCUGACGGCCAAAACUUAGUUACGUCAACGGUUACAAUCGUCAUCGAGGACGUCAACGACAACCCUCCCACCUUCACAUCGUCGUCAUACUCUUCUACCGUCUCCAAAUCUGUGGAUGUCGGGACGCCCGUGCUGACCGUGUCCGCCACUGACCCUGACCAGCAAAACAACGGCACUGUCCAGUACUCUGUCCAGUCAUCGACAGUACCUGGCUACUUCAGUGUCGAUCAGAACACAGGGGUCAUCUCUGUCGUGAAUUCACUGAGCUCUCUCGCCGAUGGUCAGAUGGUCACUCUGAGGGUGGAGGCAAGGGACAAAGGUGUACCACUCUCACUGAAUGCGUCGGUCCUGGUGAGGAUAGUGAUACAGUCAAGUCCAGUAACAGUUGCGAACAACGUGGCACCGACCUUCUCUCAACAGGACAUAUCCUUCACGGUCAGGGAAAACAACAUUAACGGUACCUUCAUCGGCACUGUUCAGGCCACGGACCUCGAUGGCCCCCAGGGUCUGACGAUGCGCGUUGCGGGCGACACUGCUUCGAAUGGCGCAAGCCUUGUUAGAACCCUGACCACAGGUCAGGUAGUGAAUAACUACUACACCUUUUACUUGCUCAUCAACACAGUGUUCGAUCGCGAGAGGGACCCUGUCAAUAACACUGUCCUGUUGAUAGCCAGCGAUGGAGCGGCUGAGACCACUGCAACUGCGAUGAUUACCGUGGAGGACCUGAACGACAACUUCCCAGUGUUUACCCAGACUACAUACACGGCAACUGUUCAAGAAAGUUUGCCAGUCAACUCCCGUGUCAUCCAAGUGGCAGCUUCAGAUGCCGACUCUGGACUCUUCGGAGAGAUCACAUACACUAUGGCGUCUAAUGAUCCCGUCGGCAAUCAAGUCUUCAGAAUAGACGGAAGAACUGGCACCAUUGUUACAGCUAGGUCUUUACUUGGGCUGUCAGGGCAGGUGGCCAACGUGGCUCUCACGGUAACUGCAACGGAUGGAGGACGAAGGUCAUCCACAGCUGCUGUCAGCAUCAUGAUCCUCUAGGAAUCAACUACCAAAUAUUCGCAGAGUUAUACCCUCAUCAACCCAGCUCAAAACUAUCUCUCUAUUUUCUGUUUAGGGCACAGCAGUUUGGGUAUUGUUGGUACGUUGGAGGGAGGGGAAUUUUUUGUCCUCAUGUUUUACCAUCCCCACAUCCCGAAUCAGGCGCAGGAGGUGCUAAAUCCCCCUUUCACCCAUCACGCCUCUCUCCCAGAUUGACACCUAACUCGCUCCCUUUUCCACCACACACUUUGUCGUGGUGAUAACUCGCACCCAUUCCUUCUUCACGAUCCAGCCAUCUAUGCAUGACUAAUGUACUAAAAAAAUUGUUUUGAAAUUUCAUGUAUUCUAAAUUGUUCCCCCUUUGUUUUCACCGAAGGCCAUAUUGAAAGAAUUGUUCUAGCAAAAUUCCAUGCAAAAUAGCUACUUCUAUGAUAAUGAGAUAAAAUCAUAUAUAAUCCCAUGUUCUUAAAUGUGUUGCCAUGGCGACUAAACGUUUCGCUUCAUUGUUUCCUGUACAUGGAAGCGGUUCAGAGAAAUCAAUGUGUCCAAAGGAUCAUCCAUUCACUGUAGAUACCUUGUAGAUAUGCAUCUUUUCCUCCUUUGAAUAAAAAAUGGUUUGCUAUA